UACCCAGCCCAACCCCAUGUCUCUCGCUCUCACAAACGGCACACCACCAUACUUCUGAAACUGCCCACCCCAACCCCAUCUCUCUCUCUCAGCUCACCUCGGUUCACCGCCACCGCCGCCGCGCGUCUCGCCUCUCUUUUCCGUCUGUGCUCGGCUGCUCGCGUCUCGCCGCGCCUCCCUCGGCCAGUGAGUGCUCGAGCUGUGCGUGGUUUUUGCUGCCUGCACUGCGGCGUGCGUGUUUGUCUCUGCUCGAUUCUGCCUCUGCAACAACAGGUGAGCAUUUCAGGGUUUAUGAAUAUGAAUUGAUUCUGCCUCUCAGUCACACUCACCGUUCGUCUCGUCUCGUCGCCGGCGUCUCAACAUCUCGCGGCCUUCCCUGGGCUCCUCGUCGCUCGUUGUCUUCUGGUUUCGGGUCCUCUCCUAUCGCCAAGUCGCCGUGGACCGUUGUGACUCAGUCUCGAUUACCAGUUGGGUUUUGAUAACUAUGGUAUCCACCAAAAUAUAGAACAGAAAAAGACAAAAAAGACCCUGACCUAACCUCUCAUCUCUUUUCUCGUCUCUUCUCCAUUCGCUGCCUCUGCCACUCGGCUCUGCUCUUCUGCACUGUGUUUUUCCUCUUGCUGCCGGUCUCUGUUCUGAAAGUAAAGGAAGAAACAUAGAAAGGAAUAGAGACCCUUUUGCUGUGCAAGUUUCCAACCUUUUUUUGUUAUCUGGUUGGAUUAAAGAAUAGAAAAAGAAAUGGAGGAUGAUGGAGUUCGGCGCAUGUCCAGCAGAACACGAAAGGUUGCUUCGAAAAUGGUUGCGGCUCUUGCCAGCACUGAUAACCGAACCCAGGCAGCUAUUGCACGACUUGAUGCUUUGGAGAAUGACAAUGCAGGAUUUGAGGUGGCAGAUGCUAAUAAUGAUGAUGAUGAGGCCUCUCUAGACGAUGAAGAAGGGUAUAUGCAAAAAAAGCAAUCUAAGAGCACCAAAAGGAAAACUCGGCAAGCAAAAGCACUUGAGGCUAGGAAGGCUCCAAGAACAUUCCUUGAGCUUAUACACGAGGCAAACUUAGAAUCAUUGCCUCCACAUGUUCCUUCUUAUUUGAGAGCAGCAGUUGGACCUCCAAGUUCAACCUCCCGUCGCCACUUCUGUACUGUUUGUGGUUUCUCAGCUAGUUACACAUGCGUGAGAUGUGGUAUGCGCUUCUGUUCUUAUAGAUGUCAAAAUGUGCACAAUGAUACUCGUUGUUUGAAGUUUGUAGCUUGAUAAAUGUGACUUCUUGAGCAAGAUGCUAUUGUAGACUGUAAUUGCAAUAUUGUAAUAUAUCAUUAUUACUAUGAAGAAGCAUGUCUUUGUCUCUACUUACCACCUGUUUGACAUGAAAAGAAGAGAGAUCUUGAAAUGUUUUGGGCUAUUAAUUAAGUAGUAUUCAGUAA